UCCCGCCCCUUCCGCGCAGGCGGGCGCGGGCUCCCGGGCCGAUCCAGGCCGGGUUUUGCGGCGGCACGCGCGCGUGCUGAUUCCUCAUCUGUCGCUCUUGGCAUCCGUCGGCCGCGGGAGAUCAUGGUGCUGGACGAACUGUGGGCCGCUCUGUCUGGCGCCUCCGGGGCUGCCCUGGCCUGCUGCUUCGUGGCAGCGGCCGUGGCCCUGCGCUGGUCAAGUCGCCGGCCGGCGCGGGGCGCGGCAGCCCGGGCGCGGCAGAGGCAGCGGGCGGCCCUGGAGAGCAUGGAUAAGGCGGCGCAGCGCUUCCGCCUCCAGAACCCUGACCUGGACUCAGAGGCUCUGCUGGCCCUGCCCCUGACUCAACUGGUGCAGAAGUUACACAGUGGGGAGCUGUCCCCUGAGGCGGCGCUUUUCACCUACGUGGGAAAGGCCUGGGAAGUAAACAAAGGGACCAACUGUGUGACUACCUACCUGGCGGACUGUGAGACUCAGCUGUCCCAGGCUCCAAGGCGGGGCCUGCUCUAUGGCGUCCCUGUGAGCCUCAAGGAGUGCUUCAGCUACAAGGGCCAGGACUCCACACUGGGCUUGAGCCUGAACGAGAGCAUGCCUGCGGAGUGUGACAGCGUGGUGGUGCAGGUGCUGAAGAUGCAGGGCGCCGUGCCCUUCGUGCACACCAACGUCCCUCAGUCCAUGUUCAGCUACGACUGCAGUAACCCCCUCUUUGGCCAAACCUUGAAUCCGUGGAAGUCCUCCAAAAGCCCAGGUGGCUCCUCCGGGGGUGAAGGGGCCCUCAUUGGGGCUGGAGGCUCCCCCCUGGGCUUAGGCACUGACAUUGGAGGCAGCAUCCGCUUUCCCUCCGCUUUCUGUGGCAUCUGUGGCCUCAAGCCCACGUCAAACCGCAUCAGCAAGAGUGGCCUGAAGGGCUGUGUCUAUGGACAGGUAGCAGUGCAGCUCUCAAUUGGCCCCAUGGCCCGAGAUGUGGAAAGCCUAGCCCUGUGUCUGCGAGCGCUGCUGUGUGAGGACAUGUUCCGCUUGGACCCCACGGUGCCCCCGCUGCCCUUCAAGGAGGAGGUCUACGCAAGCUCUCGGCCCCUACGUGUGGGGUAUUAUGAGACCGACAAGUAUACCAUGCCCACCCCGGCCAUGAAGCGGGCCGUGCUGGAGACGAAGCAGAGCCUUGAGGCUGCUGGCCACACGCUGGUUCCCUUCCUGCCAAGCAACAUACCCCAUGCUCUGGAGACCCUGUCAACUGGUGGGCUGUUCAGUGAUGGCGGCCACAGCUUCCUACAGAAUUUCAAAGGUGAUUUCGUGGACCCCUGCUUGGGGGACCUGAUCUCCAUUCUGAAGAUGCCGAGGUGGUUGAAAGGACUGCUGGCUUUCCUGCUGAAGCCUGUGCUCCCAAGGGUAGCAUCUUUUCUUAACAGCAUGAAGUCCCGGUCGGCCGGCAAGCUCUGGGAGCUGCAGCACGAGAUUGAGGUGUACCGAAACUCCGUGAUUGCCCAGUGGAGAGCGCUGGACCUGGACGUGCUGCUCACCCCCAUGCUGGGCCCUGCUCUGGACCUGAAUGCCCCAGGCAAGGCCACAGGCCAUGAAGAAGAGCGUGGGGCUGCCGGUGGCCGUGCAGUGCGUGGCUCUGCCCUGGGAGGAAGAGUUGUGUCUGCGGUUCAUGCGGGAGGUGGAGCGACUGAUGAGCCCCGAAAAGAGGCCAUCCUGACUGCUGCCUGCCCACCUGCCUGGCUCUGGAGGACCCCAGACCCCCUUGGUCUGCGCCCAGCCUCGUGCGGGCACCGCUGCCACCCUGGGAGGGAAUGUUCAGCCUGGGGCAGGGGCUUCCAUGUCCCCCUCGAUCCCCUGCAAGAAGCGCAGACCCCCUGAGUCUGGACCUUGCUCCCCGUUCUGGUCCCCUCCCUCUGCCCUGACACCCCCCGCCCCCCGCCAUGUGGCAGGCAGUGAGUAUGACAUGGGCAGAGGCCCACUCACAGUCAAGAAAUGUUUCUAGUCUGUACACUUUCUGGUUGUCAUUGUUAGGGCACUGGGGCUUGGGCCCUACUCUGGCCUUGGGCCUUGGCAGUCUCCUGGUUCCCAACCCCCACAGGAGCCACACGGGCUUCUCAGAGUGGGUCUUGCAGCCCCAGCGCCUCCCCCUCCCCCACUCCCUGCGCUUAGACUAAGGCUUGCUUUUCUAGGCAUGGCCCUUCCCUUCUUUCUUUGCUCCUUCCUCUGCCGAGGAUGCCCUUUCUGCUCCUCUGCCAUGAAAUCCUUUGAGGCCCUGCUCAGAUCCCUCUUCCUUGAGAAGGCCUUCCCUCCUUCCUCUGAGCCCUGGCAUAGGUGGGCGCUUUCUUCCCAGUCUGUCCUGUGUGGUGGGCAUCUGUGGGUGGGUUUGCCUUUCUUAGGACACUGGCUGCCCUCGACUGCAGGGACCCUGAUGCUGUAUCUUUGUCCUUACACAAGACAGCAGGGAGUCUGGAGUGCUGGCUAUGAGGUGCUGCUGUUGCGGGGAGGAGGCCUGUAGGCUUCAGAAAGAGAGCAUGAGACAAGGCGAUCUGGUAGAGAGCACUCACAGGGCCGGCCAAGGAUUGGAUUGUUUUAGGAAGGCUUCCUGAAGGAGGAGGACCUGUGUUGAGUGUAGAAGAUUCCCAGAAGCUGCGAUGGGAGUCAGGACACCCAGGGAGAAGGAGCCAUACACCCAGAGACCAGGCUGAGUUCGGGAGACGGAGGUAUUGAGUGGGCAGAGGAGAGGCAGCAGAGGGGUAGGUGGAGGUCAAAUCAAGGGGGUCAGUUCAGGAACUUGAAUCCUGUCUUGAGGGCAAUGGGGAGCUCUUAAAGGAUCACACAGAUGGAGCAAAGAGAGUAGACUGGGGGGACAGUCUGGAGAGGGACCAGGAGGCUGCUCCAUGAUCCUAGUCUGGGGAAGGGGGCCUGGGGCCUGAGCUACAGCCAUGGCCCGGGGUAGGGAGAGAGGUAGUUUGGGAAUUGACAGUUGGGAUGGAAGUGAGUGGUCUCUGCUCAGAGUCUCACCUCUGCCCCGUCUGCCAACCUCCCUCUUACAGAACUGCGUUGCCUGGCGGGUAGGAGGGUGACUAGUCUGUCAUGGGGGCCUUCUUGGCCCCCUUAAGCAGAGCUUACUCUUCCCUGGCCCCAGCCCUAACCCCCUGUUUACUGUAGAGGAUGCUUCUGAGCCUGAGCCCUCGGGUCGGGCACGCCCUGGCUUCUGCCGGGCUCCCUUCACAUCUUUUCAGGGCAGACUGCCUUCCCAAGACUUCCUUCUCCUCCCUGACCUUCCUACUCCUUCAGAGGAGCUUUUCCUUCCA